UAAAUUAUAAUCACUAAUUGAAUCGACCUGAUGGUUGAUAGUUGCAACAAUUAAUUGCAGGAAGGAUUUCAGCUUUAUUCCUUAUCUUUUUACCGAUAUUUCUUCCAUCUUCCACCGCCAUCCAUAUCUCUCACUGCCUCUCUCCACCGCCUAUGGUUUUAAGUUUAAACUGGGGUUAGAUGGUCAACUUCUACCUUCUGCUUCCUUCUAAACUUCUUACGCUCCUCCAAAGUCCAAACCACCGCCUUUACCAGAUUAUCUGCUUCCGAUUUUGAUAGAGAACAAAUAAUCCACUAAUCCUUUUUCCUUACGUCGACUCUGCUUCUUUCCCGUUCUCCUCAACCAUGGUAACCGCCCCCACCUCAUCCGGAAUAACCCACCGCCUCAUCUCGAUUCUUCCAGAUUAUCCUUUUGUCAACUCGCUCUCUGCAGUCUCCGGGAACCCUAAAUUCAUCUCUACCGGAACCGGCGUCCGCCACCCGUACGAUUCCUUAUCUGCCACAACAUCUGUAUUUUCUGUAUUUCUCCAACUGUGGGGAGAUGAUGAUGAUGUCAACAUGCUAUUUGAUGGGAUUUCAUCUGUAUUUGAUUCUUUGGAAUCUAAAGAAAAUACAAAUACAGACAUGGAAGAAGAAGCUUAUGAGGCAACUAUUAAAAAAGAAUCAAGGAAGAAACGCAAGAACUCUGAGCAAAUGAAGCAGUUCAUGGAGCUGCUACUGUUGCUGAAGCUGAAGGUGGAAACAAAAUUUAAGCGUCUCAGGAACAAAGACUCAAAGUUGUUUUUUACUUUGAAACAGUUUGACACCAAACAUCGUACAUUAUUAACCGGAACCCCUCUCCAGACCUCAAUCCCCCAAUCUACAGACUACAAGUAUCCCCUUAAUUGUGAUUACUUCCUAAGGACCAAUUAUGUAAACAUUUUCUGCAGCAAAGACCAUUUUGUUAUGUUUUUAUGCCACAGAGAGAAAUUCGGUUAUGUUUCUCUACCACAGUUGUCAUUUGUGUGAUAUUUUUGUGUACAUGGACUAUUUCUGUAAUAUUUUUAUGUAAACAGACCAUUUUUGUAAUAUUUUUCUACAAACAGACCAUUUUGGUAAUGUUUUUUUUUAUCAUAGGAACCAACUCUGUAAUCUUUUUUUCAAAAGUGACC